UUAACCACCUCUUUUAAGAGUCUCAUCUCUCUCUCUCUCUCUCUCUCUCUUUAGAGCUACUUCGUCUUCUACCCCUGCAACGUUACCGCUUCGCCACUUGCGCUCGAAUGUCGAAAUCCGCAUUGCGCUUUCUCUCUCUCCUGGACACACCUCGUGAGUCGUGAUUUCUGUACUUCCACACUUCUACAUUUUCCAGGACUGAAGCAUUUUGGGCUCUAACCAUAGUAGAAGACUAAUCAGUUGCUAAAUGGAGCAGUACGAAAUACUAGAGCAAAUUGGGAAGGGGGCUUUUGGCUCUGCCGUUCUUGUGAGGCAUAAGGAUGAAAAAAAGAAGUAUGUGUUGAAAAAGAUUCGUCUUGCACGCCAAACUGAUAGGACCCGUAGAUCUGCGCACCAGGAGAUGGAGCUUAUUGCCAAAAUGAGGAAUCCGUUUAUUGUGGAGUAUAAAGAUUCUUGGGUAGAGAAGGGCUGCUUUGUAUGCAUCAUUAUUGGUUAUUGUGAAGGAGGAGACAUGGCAGAAGCUAUAAAGAAAGCAAAUGGUGUUCUUUUUUCAGAAGAGAAGCUGUGUAAAUAGCUUGUUCAAUUGCUUAUAGCUGUUCAAUUGUUUUCUUUCUUUAAUAGUCUUGAGAGGUGUCAGUAUUUUGCUGAAUCACCAUUGAUUAAUCCUGUUGCAGGUGAUUUUGGACUUGCUAAGAUGUUGACAUCAGAUGAUCUUGCAUCCUCCGUUGUAGGAACUCCAAGUUAUAUGUGCCCUGAGCUUCUUGCUGACAUACCUUAUGGCUCUAAGUCAGACAUUUGGUCCUUGGGAUGUUGUAUAUACGAAAUGACUUCUCAUAAGCCUGCAUUUAAAGCAUUUGACAUGCAAACGCUGAUCAACAAAAUAAAUAAGUCUAUUGUGGCACCACUUCCAACCAAAUACUCUAGUGCAUUUCGGGCCCUCAUCAAAAGCAUGCUGCGGAAAAAUCCAGAACUUCGGCCGAGUGCAGCAGAGCUUCUAAGGCACCAACACCUCCAGCCUUAUGUUCUGAAGGUUCAUCUCAAACUUAAUAGCCCCAGGCGCAACAGCUUACCAACCCAUGGGCCUCAAGCUGACUACAUAAAGAAAACUAGACUUGUGGAGCCAGAAGAUAUUCCUGUUUCCACGUACAAAGAAAAAUGGCAUUCAUUCGGCAAUGACAGGACUUUGAAUCCAAAUAUUACUGGAGCUGAGCGAGAUUCCUCUUUUUCUCAGAGAAAUCAAAGCACUCCAAGUUAUUUGAAUAAAAAGAUAGCAGAAUUGUCUGUUGAAUGCAUUCAUGAAGAAUCGGACUUUGGUAGAAAAAUUAUUUCAAAGGCUUCAAAUUUUGCUAUGACUCCAAGAUUGACUCCGACAAAAGAUUCUCCCACUCCUAAGAAGCGAGCAGAACUUUCAAAGAACCGAGUAUCACAGUUUCCAGCUUCGCAAAAACCAGAAAAAAAAUCCGUUCAUGCAAAUCGCAGAGCAUCUUUGCCAUUGCCGAUGAGAUCCAAUCCCUGU